AUGUCUCCUAGAAGACCACUAGUUCAUUUAUCAUUGGCUAGAUACAGAUGUAACUUGAAUGUAGUCGGCAAGGUUUUUAGAUUAGAGUAUGAUGACUAUAGCCUUAAUAAAGAUAGUGACUUAUCCAAGAAGGAAACGGGGAGUUACGUGGAAGUAGCAAAUCAUGAGUAUGUUGACGAAGCCAAGACUACAUUAGAAGAGCAUAGUGAUGGAAAAGACAUAAGUCCUAGUGAAUAUAUAAUUCAAGAUGAAGAUGUGGACCAAACAGCUACACAUGUUGAUAGGAGUGUUGACGACAGACUGGAUGAAGAGUCUGUUGAUUCGGUACUUGAUACAAAACCAUCGAAGGUUAUGUCCAAUAGCUAG